GCUCGCCCAAUGACUCAGAAAAACAGCACCGCGCAUGCGCAGCAGCCAAAGGAGGAAGUGUUUUCACCUGGACACGUGAGGAGUGCGACGUCAUCGUAAACACUCGUAGGCAAGAUGGCGGCCCCUGUCACCGGAAAGGUGGUCUAUGACCAGGAAGGGGUCUUCAUACAUUCUUCAUGUGGAAAAUUAGAAGAUCAAGACAGCCUAAUUCCAGGAACCCUGCGAGUUGUAGAAAAGGAUAUGGAAGUCAUUGUAGAUUGGAGGCCGCUUGAAGAAACAUUGGACUCAUCCAAUAUACUUUGUGCUGUUAAGGACUCAAGUUCUGUUGUACAGUGGAAUCAAACCCCAAAAGAGCGAAAUAUUGGUGGUGCCGAACAUCAGAACAGUUAUGAAGCAGAAUGGGAUAUGAUUAACACCGUUUCUUUCAAGAAGAAACAGUUUAGCAAUGGAGGUGUUCCAAGUCCGAUAAAUAUCCAGAGCAAGUGGUCAUUCCUCUUCAGCUUGACCGACCUCAAGUCAAUUAAACAGAGCAAAGAAGGCAUGGGCUGGUCUUACUUUGUUUUCUGCUUGAAGGAUGAUGUUAUCCUUCCAGCUCUCCACUUCCAUCAAGGAGGAAGCGAACUUCUGCUUGAGUGCCUUGAGAAAUAUGUGGUGCUUUGUGAGUCAGAACAGGACAGCAGAAUUCUUCUUGUGGAUUGCCAAAGCAGGAGUCUUUCACAGUCCUUUGAAAACCUUCAUGAGGAAUCUACCAAUGGUUUACUGCAGAAAUUCAGGAAGGACCCAUACACUGCUACUAUGGUUAACUUUUCCAAAGUGACAAAUUUCUUAGUUGACACCAUACGAGGCACAGAUCCUUCGACCCACCGGAGGCCCCCUCAGGAAAUAGCUGACUUCCUCGGUGAUGCGAUCCCUGAUUUAAAAAUAAAUCAGCAAGAGGAGUCAGGCUUUGAAGUUAUAACCCGCAUUGAUGUUGGUACACGACCAGAAGUUCACAGGAGAGAACCGCUUUCAACAGCUGAAUGGAAUAGCAAUAUGGAUUCAGAAGGAAGGAUAUGUAAUGAGGACCUCUUAAAGCACAUGAUAUUUAAAGGGGGACUCUGCCAUGCUUUGAGAAAGGAAGCUUGGAAGUACUUGCUUGGUUAUUUUCCUUGGGACAGCACUAGAGAAGAGCGAGCUCAACUACAAAAAAGAAAAGCAGAUGAAUAUUUUCGAAUGAAACUGCAGUGGAAAUCCGUUAGUGAAGAGCAAGAAAAGCGCAAUUCACGGCUAAGGGAUUACAGAAGUUUAAUAGAAAAAGAUGUGAACCGCACAGACCGAACAAACAAAUUUUAUGAAGGCCAAGAUAAUCCUGGAUUAAUUCUACUCCAUGACAUUUUGAUGACAUAUUGUAUGUACGAUUUUGAUCUUGGAUAUGUCCAAGGAAUGAGUGAUUUGCUUUCACCGGUUUUAUAUGUGAUGGAGAAUGAAGUUGAUGCAUUUUGGUGCUUUGUAUCAUACAUGGAUCAGAUGCAUCAGAACUUUGAAGAACAAAUGCUGGGAAUGAAAACACAGUUAGUCCAGUUGAGUACCUUGCUGCGGCUUUUGGACAGCAGCUUUUGUAGUUACCUUGAAUCUCAGGACUCUGGUUAUCUGUAUUUCUGUUUCCGAUGGCUUUUGAUACGAUUUAAAAGGGAAUUCAGUUUUCAUGAUAUUCUUCGAGUGUGGGAGGUAAUGUGGACAGACUUGCCAUGUCAAAAUUUCCAUCUGCUCAUUUGCUGUGCUAUACUAGAGUCUGAGAAAAAGAAAAUAAUGGAUGGAGGCUUCGGGUUCAAUGAGAUUCUAAAGCAUAUCAAUGAACUUUCCAUGAAGCUUGACGUAAAUGAUGUUCUAUGUAAAGCGGAAGCAAUCUCCUUGCAGAUGAUGAAAUGCAAGGAUUUACCUUCAGCAGUUUGUGAGGUUUUAGGACUUAAAGACAGUUCGUCACCACCAGAAUUUGACACGGCCGAAGAUUGUUUUAUUAGAAAACAUUACGAAAACUCUUCCUCUUCAAAUAGCUCAGUGCCUGUCCUUCCUCAGAACGGGACAAGAAGUAACUCUAGCCUGAAACUUCUGCCAAACAAUGUGCACACACAGACCUCUUCCUGGUGAAGUUGCUGUCGUCCAGAGGCCUACAGACAAAGACACUUGAUUCAAUUUGUGACGUUAAUUAAGUUGUUAAUCUUGGAGAUUUUGGAAAACUCCGAUAUUUUGUCUUUGCAUUAAAGCUUUUAAGAAAAGAUCUAACGUAAUUAUUUUUGUAGGUGAUGCUAAACCAAAAUAUCCUGUCAUUAUCAUUCCACAAUUUUCAGUAAGGAAAAAAAAUAUUUUGGGAAGUAAAAAUAUUUUACACUUGCCUGAUAUGUCAACUAAAGGGUUAAGUAGCAAUGAAUAGAAUAAUUAAUUUUAAAAAAUUCAUUCUAUGUGGAAUAACAAAUUCAAUACAUUUGUGCGCAGUUACUUAUGCUUUCAUUUUGUAUCCUGGCAGAAUAGAGAACUUCAACUAUUUACUUUAUUCUUUUCUGACGCAAAUGGGAUUUUGUUUUUUUUGAACACUCACCAAACUGAACUAAAGGAGUUUUCCGGCUUUCAAAAACUGCAUAGAGUGGGGGUUGUUGACCCCAUUCCGUGUGCAGGGAGAUUUAGGUGUCGUUUAAGGAGAAUGUGGGGAGUCCCAGCCGUUGCCCCCUCAACAAUCUCCAGAACAGUGCCAGAAUCUUCCUGUGCAUAGAGAAUGCAUGGAAAGGACAUGUUGACCCCCCUACCGUGCACAGGGAGAUUCGGGUACCAUUUUGGAGAUCAGACACUUUUUUUUUUUUUUAAUCUGGAUUACCCCUUUAAUAUGCUUAUGUUGAUAAAUGCAGAGGAAAAGACAUAGUAAACUCCAUAAUGAUGAUCUGUGUGUAAAACAGAACAGCACUGCUUUUGUGUAUUAAAGGUAUACUCUGGGCAAAAAAUACACAGUAAAACUGUUUUAGGAUGACUACGCAAAAUUACUGUGAUCAGUGGUCUUUUUGAGGAGUGUUGCCCAGAAAGAAGAGGGCCAUUAUAAAUAGGGUAUAAGGGAAGAGAAAAUCCAGGGGGGGG